AUGUCUACAAAAUCAAUCAUUUUACCUUUUCUUCUCCUAAUCAUACUUGUCUCCACUUCUCAAGCAAGUCGUCAGCUCUGGGAAGGACUGAACAAUCAUUUGGGAUCCAAAUCCGGGCUUAAUGGAAUUCCUGGGUUUCAUGGGAAAGUAAAUUGGAUGAAUCCAACACAUACAUGCACAAUGCAAGGACCUUGUCAGGGUAAGAAGCUCACGUGUCCCGCAGAGUGCUACAAAUCAUCCAACGUUAACAAGGAAGGUUAUCAAAGCAAGAGCAAGAGUGGAGGAUGUUCAUUUGACUGUACUAAAAAGUGUAUCGCCUCUUGUUAA